AUGAAUACAGGGGCUACAGGAGGAGAAGUCGCAACAAAAACAGGGACAAAUAUUAUGGAAGGGACAGAUAAAGUAGGACCCGCAUUGUUGUUGCUUUUCACUAAUGAUUCUUUGCAGUCGUUAAUCGGGCACUUAAAUUUGGAUCCAAACCGAGUGUUUGACAUUGGAGGAAUUGCUCAAGGCCUUCCUACAGAUGGGUGUAAAAGAUUAACUUAUUGCCCCAUAUCUAUUGAAACUGGAGUCAUUACUCAGGAAAAUGGUUCAGCGAGAGUGAAGAUGGGUAAAACUGAAGUCAUAGCUUUGACUUGUCUUCUCAACUUGUUGACCAAUAACCACAGAAAAAAAAAAGUAUUAAGAAAGAAGAUAGCAUUUUAUGAUGGUGGUUUCUUUGCCUUGAUGGUGGUUGGUAUGGCUGUUAUUGGUGUUGCAAUCCUGUUAACUCAUCAAAGGAGUUUCUCUGCCAAUGAGGAUGAUGCUGAGAGAGAAUUGCAACCAUGGUUUGCUAAAGAGGAUUGUUAA